CUUAAAGUUCACAUUUACUUUUUUGUUUUGUUUUGUUAGGAAAUAGUACCGAUUGCUUAGAUUAAUUGUAAAACAGUCUAAAAUGAAAAGGAAGCAGAAACCUAGCGCCAUGGCUGAUGAUGAUGACAACACUGAUGAGGUGUCAGGGUCAGAGGAAAGCUUUUCUGGGCAAUCAGAUACAGAUGACAGCAGAGAAGAUGAUCUGAACAAUGACCAAAUAGAAACAAAUAAUGGGGAGGAGUCUGAAGAACCGCCUGAGAAAAAACAUAAAAUCUCAAAAAAAGACCUGUACAGACCCCCAACAAAUGAAGAAUUGAACCAGCUAAAGGAAACACAGUAUCUGUUCCAUUCCAGCUUGUUCAGACUGCAAGUGAGUGAGCUACUAAAAGAGGUACAGGUGAAGGCCAAACGACAGAGACAGAUAGAGGAGGCAGUGACGACUCUCACGCAGACGAUUAAAUCCCUCAAGAAAAGUGUCGAACAUGAGCUACAGUCACAGAAAUGGCUGAAAAACAUCCAAGUUCCCAUACAUCAGAAUCCCCGAGGGGUAAAGGGGAGAUUCCAGUUUAUACCCCCCACAGAGAUACUGACCACUGGGAGCUAUGUGACGGGGACAUGUAUCAAACCUAAUGUUACCGUGGACCUGGUUCUGGUUAUACCCAAGGAAUCCUUUCAAGAAAAAGAUUUCAUGAACCACCGUUAUCUCCGAAAGAGAGCAAUCUAUUUAGCUGUAGUUGCCAAAAGGUUACGAGAGAUUCAUGGGUUGCAGGAUUUAAAGUACACAUAUCAUAAUGGAAAUUCACUUAAACCCAGCCUUGUCAUCAAUUAUCAAGGUGAUGAAGGUAAACCUGUCUGUGUUAACAUCUCAGCUGUACCAGAGGAUGGGGUAUUUAAAUUUAAUCGAUUCCACAUCACAAAGAAUAAUGUACGUUAUCAUUGGUUCACGGAGGGAGAAUCCAGGGAUGCAGAAUCAGGUGACACAUUUGCCACUCCAUUCUACAACAAUACAGUGCUACAGGACUUAACAAUGACAGAAAACACAAGCUUCCUAGAGAAAACACUGGGCACUUCACAGAGCAUUAAAGAUGGAGUAACUCUCCUCAAAGUCUGGCUGCGACAGCGGGAGCUCUCCAUUGGAUCAGGAGGUUUUUCGGGCUUUAUAAUUUCAAUGUUUGUGGCAUAUUUAAUCUCUCGACAUAAAGUGAAUCAACUGAUGAGCAGCUACCAAGUCAUGCGGAAUGUCCUCCUCCACCUCACUCAAACAGACUGGACAAAGGAGCCAUUGACCAUCUGUUCGACCUUUGACCCCAAUGACCAGCCUGAUCCUUGUUUGUUUUAUGAACACUUUAGUGUGGUAUUUGUGGAUGUCACUGGUUAUGUUAACCUGUGUUCUGAUGUCAGUAGGGGCCUGUAUGACAGGGUAAAACAGGAAGCGGGCCUAGCCAUUAAGUUUUUGGAAAACCAUUCAUUGGACAGCUUUACUGCACUGUUUAUGACACCGGUGGACUUCCUCAGGAAGUUUGACAUCACAUUUCACAUCCAAAAUAUUUCAAAGAAAGAAGUGGAGAAAUUACAGAAGGAGGACAAAUAUGUAGAUUAUGGUGGGAACUUUGUUCUGGCACUAAAGCCUGACAUCCAUUCAUUGUUAUGUCAGGGGCUUGGAAAGAGGGUGUCAGUUGUACAAUAUCGGCAGUUCCAGGUACCACAGUGGGAUAUCACAUGUAAUCCACCUAGCUAUGAGUCUGCUGAUCCUGUUAUGGUUGGUCUGCAGUUAAACCCCGAGUGUGCCUUCAGUGUUCUGGAUAAGGGACCCCCAGCAGACUCAGCAGAGGCCAAGGAUUUUAGGAGUUUUUGGGGAGAGAGGUCAGAGUUACGUCGAUUUAAAGAUGGCAGCGUUUGUGAGGCAGUGCCAUGGACAAAGAGGGCGGUUUUGUCAGAAAAAAGAACUGUGUGUUGUAGAAUUGUACAACACGUCUUAGAGAGACAUACAGGACUCAAGUCUGAGUCAGUGAAAUGUUUUGUAAAUCAGUUGGAUCCUAUGUUACAAUACAAUAUAAACAACAACUCCGGUGAUGGAGAUGUGUAUGGGACAGGCGAGGAGCAACAUAAUGAUGUGAUACAGAAGUAUGAUGAGCUUUGUAAACUGCUGAGGAACCUUAAAGAUCUGCCAUUAUCAAUUAACUCAAUACAAGGCUCAGCACCAGUGUUCAGGUAUACAGAGGUGUUUCCACCUUUACCAGCUGUGUGUGACAAGGCAAAUAAAAUGGAGAAGAACAAACGAGACUUACCAGAGAAUUAUGGCAAGCACUGUCCUGACUUUGUUAUGUCACUCAAAGUGGUCUGUUUGUUGGAGGGCAGUGGUAAAUGGCCAGAAGAGAAGAAACCAUUUAACCGACUGAUGGCCGCAUUUCAUAUUCAACUGGCAGAGUCACUAAAAGCUCACUAUGGAUUGGCAGUAUCCGUGUAUCCACGGCACAUUGAUGUUGUCAAGGAUAAUUAUGUAUUCCGCAUUGUUCUGGGCUACACACGGGAGAUAGCUCUGAGUAAGAUGAUUAAGACACCAGAGGGCAUGGUAAAAUACAAAGAUAACGAGGAAGCUCUGGCUCUAGAGAGGGAAAUACAGAGUCUACCCAGGCUCACAAGUACUCUACAUGGUGUUCAGCAGCUCCAUGCAUCAUUUAGUUCUACUGUGAGGCUGGCCAAGCGAUGGUUGUGUUCUCAGCUAUUGACUGACUUUGUGUCAGAUGAAGCCAUAGAAAUUAUCACGGCACACCUAUAUCUUCACCCAGCUCCUUAUACACCUCCCAGCACCCCAAUUGCGGGUUUCCAGAGAUUUCUGUACUUGGUUGGAUACCAUGACUGGAAAGCUAGUCCUUUACUUGUCAACCUAAAUGAUGAAUUUACAGAUGAAGAUCUGAAAGAGAUUCCCUCCCGAUUCCACAAGGAGCGAUCUUCUCGUCCUCUUAUGUUCCUGUCUACGCCGUAUGAUAAACACAAUUCCUAUUGGACAAGGAAGUCACCCAGCACCCCCAUAUUGCAGAGACUGGUUCUCCUAGCACGGGAGUCACUGAGUGUGCUCAAUAAACUAGUACAAGAAGGUGGAGAUGAUUCUAACUUCAAGCAACUAUUUCGGCCUUUCUUGGAUAUGUAUGACAUCAUCAUUCACCUGACAUGGAAGCAAUCACCACGGCAACAUGAAGCCUUACAACCAGAAAACAGCCAUCUUCCUUCAAACUUACGAAAGUAUGUCCACAAAACAACUGUCACUGGAGACAAGCUCGAACAUUUCCCUGUGUACGACUACGAUCCUCCACGAUUGUACUGGAAGGAAUUAAAGGAGAUGUAUGGAGACUUUGCCUUGUUUUUCUAUGACAAAUACGGAGGGAAGUACAUAGCAGUCUUAUGGAAGCCAACAGCCUUCACUCCAAAAGAUUUCAAGGUGUCCCACUUAGCCGGGAGGAGAGUGGAGACAACCCGUAGUGCCAUGAGUAGAAAACAGACACCCAGUGAGUUUCUGAAGCAAAUUAUUGGACGUCCAGUUGUGGUCAAGUUAAACUCUGGUGUGGACUAUAGAGGUGUUUUGGCAUGUUUGGAUGGAUACAUGAAUAUUGCCCUAGAACAGACAGAGGAGUACGUUAAUGGACAGCUAAAGAAUAAGUAUGGAGAUGCAUUCAUUAGAGGCAAUAAUGUUCUGUACAUAAGUACACAGAAAAGAAGGAUAUGAGACCCUAGAAUACAGAAUCUUACAUUGUGUAUCACAGAAUAAAGAAAAUCUUGUUUCUGAAUGUGUGCAUCAUUAACUUAGUUACCCAUAAUGUCAUUUGUUGCUGGUUGAAAGUUUCAUUGUCAUUGGCAUUUUAAAAAUGGUAGAUUGUCAUAGUUCUAACAUGUCUAAUAAAUAUUAAAGUAGUUUUA